AUGGAGAUGUUUAAACAUUUUUCGUUAGUUCUUGUGCAUGGUUGCUCUUACAAUGCAGCUGGAUUUAUUAGCAUAGAUUGUGGAAUAUCAGAAAACUCCGGCUAUACUGAUAAGCUAACAGGCCUAAAUUAUACUUCUGAUGCAAUAUUCAUAGAGACUGGUGUAAGCAAAAAUAUAUCGCCAGAAUACACCAAUAUCACCCUGGAACAACAAUUCUUGAAUGUUAGAAGCUUCCCAGAAGGUGUAAAAAAUUGUUACACCCUGAAACCACUACAAGGAAAUCUGAAGAUUUUUAUUAGAGCAACAUUCAUGUAUGGCGACUAUGAUGGCCAGGGGCAAGUACCAAGCUUUGAUCUACUUCUCGAAGCUGAUGUGUGGGAUUCGAAAAAUUAUGCAUAUGUCUGCCUUGUGAACACAGGCUCCGGAACACCUUUCAUUUCAGCACUAGAAUUAAGGCCUGUGACUAAUUCCACUUACCAAACUGAAUCAGGAUCACUGCUACUCUCUUGGCGGUGGGAUGUUGGUUCAACACACAAUGGGACAUCCAAGGACUUGUCGAAUAACUGUUUGACUGGACCAGUGCCUGAAUUUCUAUCACAGCUAUUAGUCCUCACAGUGCUAAACUUAAGUGGAAAUAAACUCGGAGGUUCAAUUCCAGCCAACCUCAUGGGCAGAAAACAGAAUGGUUUGCUAUCACUAAGAUACAUAGAUGACCCAUUUGAUCGCAUAUGGACAUCUUACAACAGCAACAGCUGGGUAGUGAUAAUUAGCUCCCAGCCUAUUGAUUCCAGUGAUAACAGAUACAGGCCACCAUCUACUGUCAUGAGGACUGCAGUGCCCAAGAUCCAUAGAAACGGAAAGAUUGAUUUCUCAAUCAUCAAAACUGACAAUUCAUCCAGACCACCCAUCCCUAACGCUUUUGAGGUAUAUACAGUCAAGGAAUUCUCGCAAUUCUCAACAAACCAACAGGAUGUUGAUGCUGUCAUGAAUAUCAAGUUAACGUAUGGAUUGAAAAGCAUUUGGCAAGGAGACCCAUGUGGCCCUAAAAAUUAUAUGUGGCAAGGUAUUAAUUGCAGCUAUGAAGAUUCUAAUCCCCCCAGGAUUAUAUCCCUGAACUUAUCAUCUAGUGGAAUAUCUGGAGAGAUAUCUCCUCACAUAUCCGGUCUCACAUCGAUAAAAUCUUUAGACUUGUCGAAUAAUAACUUGAUUGGCCCAAUGCCUGAAUUUCUAUCGUACAGAAAAUUAAGUGGAAAUAAACUUAAAGGUUCAAUACCAGCCGCUCUCAUGGACAAAAAGCAGAAUGGUUUCCUAUCACUAAAUGUGGAAGGAAAUCCAGAUCUUUGUCUUGAAGCUUCCUGCAAAGGCAGAGACAAAACCAAACUUACUGUUCCGGUAGUAGUUGUUCCAAUAGUAGCAGUAGUAGUUUCAAUUUUUGUCAUCCUAACUGCAAUGACUAUUUUAUGGAACUUCAAAACAAGAAAACAAGUUGGGAAGAAGAAUGAAUCAUUGGAGUCAAAAACUCCAAGGUAUAAAUACUCUGAUUUAGUGAGAUUUACCAAUAACUUUGAGAAGGCUAUUGGAAAAGGAGGAUUUGGAGCAGUUUACCGUGGAUGCAUGGAUGACACUCAAGUAGCUGUGAAGAUGCUUUCUCCAUCAUCAGUUCAAGGAUAUAAGGAAUUUAAAGCUGAGAUUGAGCUUCUUAUGAGAGUUCACCAUAAGAACCUGACAACACUUAUAUCCUUGAAUUCAGAGAUCAAGUAG